AUGCAGAAUCUCAAAGAGCUACAUACUGCGGAAGCAGAAGAUCAAGAUUUAGAGAAGAAUUCAACAAAAGUCGAGAAAUUCCCGAUCUCGACAAUCAUCUUCACAGUGAUUAUUCUGUUCAUCGCUGCUUUAUUCUUAUUCCUAGGUGUCACUGAUUACAAAACUUGUCCAGAAGAUCCACGAAUAUACAUCUGGUUGAAUAUCGUUGCAAUUCUGUUAUUCCUCGAGAGAAUUAUUUCUGUCACUCAUGUUUAUACCAGAGUAUGGUUCAACAAUAACUGUCCAGAACCGACAGGUAUGCUAGUCGACAAGUCAGUCAUGAAAAAAUGGAUGAAGAAGCACGACCAGUUGAAUAGAAGACCGUUGUUCCCUGAUCUUAUCUGGCUGAUUAUGGUUUUUUUGUCGGCCAUCGGAUUUGUGUGGCUUCGUGUGUUGCCUUCUGGAAGUUCUUGUGACGAUUUGAUUUUCUAUUCCGUCGUUACCUUCAGCAGCAUCAUUCUUUCAGCAACGAUUCUAUUUCUAAGUUUCAUUUGUUUCGAAUGUUGUCUCAGAAAAGACUGA